ACUAUACAAAACUCAGACAUUAUCUGACCCCAACCUCCACUCUUUCUCCAAGAAAACAAAUCUCUCACAGUACAGUAUGUGACCCAACCCCCGCGCGUGAGAACUUGUAAUGAAAUGUUACAAUGUUUACAAAUAAACUUGACCUGACUAGACACCUGUCUUGCUCACACACACACACAGACAACCCCCUCCCCUCCCGUCCAUGGGAACUUGAUUUGACCAGUGCCCAGAUUUUCUCGCAGAAAUAUCUAUAAAUACCUGAGCCUGGAUCAUUUGAGUUUCAUUGUGCAGCAGCAUCUGUCAAUUUCAUCAUGAGCAAAAGGCAUUAUACAGGCCGUGAGAUUCUGGAUCACAUCCUCGAGGAGGGAGAGGCUUUGGAGGAGAUGGAUCAGGCUGAAAUAGAGGAAGACGUGUCUGAGGACGAUUUUGUGGAAUAUGAUCCACAUCCAGAUGAAGACACAUCCGAUCCAGAUGAGGAAGUAGGACUGAAUGAGCCAGAACAGGGCUUUGUUUCGAAGAAUGGGCAGGUUUGGUCCUCAAUUCCAUAUGAAAAUGAAGGCAGAGCAACAUCUGCAAACAUUAUAAAAAUGACCCCUGGACCCACUCGAUUUGCGAAGUCACAUAUUCAAGAUAUAAAGACUGCAUUUCAGCUAUUUAUACCAAGCUCCAUCCAAUCAAUCUUGAUUGAGAUGACAAACCUGGAGGGGAGGAAAGUCUUCAGCCAAAGUUGGGAGGACAUUGAUGGUAUCAAACUUGAUGCCUACUUCGGCCUUCUGCUUCUUGCUGGGGUGUACAGAUCCAACAAUGAAGCCACCUCGAGCCUCUGGGAUGCUGAGUCAGGUCGGAAUAUUUUUUGUGCCACAAUGUCCCUUCAGACCUUUCAUGUCCUGUCGAGAGUCAUCCGCUUUGAUAACCGGGAGACCAGAGUAGCACGGCGUGCCCUUGACAAACUUGCUCCCAUCAGGGAAGUCUGGGACAAGUGGGUGGAGCGUCUGCCGUCCAUGUAUAAUCCUGGGCCAGAGGUAACUGUAGACGAGCGACUUGUCCCAUUCCGAGGCCGCUGUCCGUUCAGGCAGUAUAUUCCAAACAAACCUGCAAAGUACGGAGUCAAGAUCUGGGCAGCAUGCGAUGCCAGGAGCAGUUAUGCUUGGAAUAUGCAGAUCUACACAGGCAAAUCUGCAAGUGGAAUGGCCGAAAGGAACCAGGGCAUGCGGGUGGUGCUGGACUUGACAGAGGGUCUACGUGGGCAUAACAUCACCUGCGAUAACUUUUUCACUUCUUAUGCCCUCGGCCAAGAGCUGCUGAAGAGAAAACUGACCAUGGUGGGAACAGUAAGAAAAAAUAAACCAGAGCUCCCUCCUGCCCUGAUUGACACCAAAGACAGAGUUCCUCUCUCCUCAAAAUUUGCUUUCACAGAAACCACCACAAUGGUGUCCUACAUUCCGAAGAAGAGGAAGAAUGUCACCCUGAUCUCAACCCUCCACAAGGACGCUGCUGUGAGCAGCAGGGAGGACAAGAAGCCAGCAAUAAUAUUGGACUAUAACCGUUGCAAAGGGGGAGUUGAUGUUCUUGAUAAGGUCACUGGCACAUACACCUGUCAGAGAAAAACAUUACGGUGGCCAAUGGUUGUGUUCUUCAACAUGCUGGAUGUGUCGGCCUACAAUGCGUUUGUGGUGUGGACGGAGGUCAGUACUGGAUGGAACAUUGGGAAGUUCAACAGGAGGAGGCUCUUUCUGGAGGAGCUGGGGAAAGCUCUGGUGAGGCCACAUAUAGAGAGACGCCAGCGGCUACCCCGAGCUCCUGGCAGUGCCAAGUUGGUGAGAGAGCUGCAGGCAGCAAGUAAGGCAGCGACUUCUACAGGGUCUACAGGGCUCCGGCCAGUGGAUGCCAAAGGCACCAAAAGAAAGAGGUGCCAGUUUUGCCCUUCAAACAAAGACAGAAAAACGACGACAACCUGCCACAAUUGUAAAAAAUACAUUUGCAGGGAGCACAUGCAAACAUUUGCUUUCUGUGAUUCGUGCAGGUGAACACACACACACAUCUUCAAGUUUGUGUUCAUUAAUCAUAAUUGAUCUGUGAAUAUUAUUUGAAUCAAAUAAAGUUGGUGAUUGAAUUUUUAUUUUCUGAAUCAAAUAGUGUUGAUGUUUGAAAAAAAAUGUUUUCUGUGUUCAUGCAGUCAUCAUUAUUCUGAGGUUGGUGUUUUUGGUAAAUAAAGUUGUUUUCUGAAGAACAAAGGCUCCUUUUUUCUAACAAAUUUAUGCGGGUCAAAUUUGACCCUAGCACCACCAAUGUAACUAUGAUUAAUAUAUAUAUAUAUGUUAAACUUUUUUUCCAGAAGUUAUAUUCUAAUAUUGUUCUAUUAUAGUCAGAAAACAUUAUUAUCAAUGGGUUUCACAUUUAGUUAACAUAUGGUUAAACAACCUUAUUUUCAGCUAAAAAAUAAGGGACAUGAUGUGUCUCAGGGGCCAUAAAAUCCAAUUACAAUAGGAUUUUAUGGUUAUGAAUGCAUAUAAUGUUAGUUAGGAUGUAGUAUUAACAAUAUUGAGUGAUACU